UAUUAUCUCUUUAAAAGAACAAGUUACAACUUUACUGUUUGCCUGGGUUGCUUCGCCAGCGACUUCUCUUCUCUCUGCAACUUAUCGGUUUUCGGAACUCCUCACCUUUCCCCUGGAAAUGACAGCGACUCCGAUGGCCCUCAGACUCUUCUGAAGCUGCGCCUCCUAAAUGCGUGGGGGUCUUAUGGCCUCAAGAAUCCUACAUUAAUCUUCAACUACUGCACUCUUUGGAAUGAUGAGGAGUUGGGUAGCGUUUACUUCGUGAGCAAUUUUCGCGUCAAGCCACCGGCCCCUUCGUAUCGUUCUUGCUCUCAUAAGUUGACCAUCAUCCUCUCUGCCGCUACA